GUCUAUUUCAGUCUUUAUUUUUACAUAAAAGCAGAGCAAGUCAGUAACAAACAGUACAUAAAAGCAGCGCAAGCAAGCCUUCCAUUCAUUCCACAUUUCUCCAUCUUUCCUGGUCUCUCAUCUCUCUCAAUCCAAAGAACCUGCCCUCCAACUCAGCUCAGGAAUUUAAAACAGAAGAAUUUCGAAAGAUUUACCUCAUCGAUUUAUUUCAAAGGAAAUCAAGAAGAGAGGAACAUAAGGAGUAAUGCCUCCUGAGAAGCAAAUUUUCCUCGAAUCAGGACCAGGACAUCUCACUGCUAAAGUCGACUGGAGCGACAAACAUUACCGUAGAUCGGUUGUUGCCAGCUUGGUUAAAGGAGUGUACAUUCUUGAACGCAACCGCCAGAAGAGCCAGAAGAACCGCCAAGAACCUCAAGCUCUUGCUCCACCUUGGUGGGAGUCCUUCCAUUUCCAAUUAAGUCAAACACUCAUAGACAAUAAGGACUCAUCCAUAUUCGGUGCCAUUUAUGAAUACAAAUACCCACCUUCUUCUUGUUCUUCUCGAAACAUCCCGCACUAUGUUAUUGCCAUUCGGGGCACACUCAUCAAACGACGCACAUGGUCACAAGACUUCAAGUUAAACUUCCAGUGCUUCUUUAACGAACUUCACCAGAGUUCCCGCUUUCAACAAGCAGUUGAGUUUCUUCGCAAAACAGUUAAGUCUAAAGGUGAAUCCAGCGUGUGGUUAGCUGGACAUUCUCUGGGGUCAGCUAUGGCACUGCUUGCAGGAAAGGAAAUGGCCAAGGAGGGUCAUUUAAUUGAAACUUAUCUUUUCAAUCCUCCAUUCUUCUCGGCCCUCUUAGAAAGUGUGAUCAAAGAUGAACGAGUGAAGUUUGGAAUCCACUUGGCAACCAGUGUUUUCAAGACAGGACUCGCGGGUCUUAACUUUGUUGUAAAUGGUGGCCAAGCUGAUGACCCUUUUGCGGUGCUAUCUCCCUGGGUUCCUUACCUUUUUGUGAACCCAGAUGAUCCUAUUUGUUCAAAAUACGCAACAUAUUUUGAACACAGGAAGAAGAUGGAGGAUAACGGAGUUGAAGAAUUUGAGAUGGUUGCAACAAAGAACUCCACGUGGAAUCUAUGCUUAAGUGUGUUGAGAAUGGAUUCAGGUUCAGAACCACUGCAUCUCCUUCCUUCAGCAGAUCUGACCAUUAAUAGGGUUCAAUUCCCAGAUAUUGAAGGUGUUGUUGAUGAUUAUAAAAAGUUUAAAAGAGCUCAUAGUCUUCAACAGUGGUGGAAUCCUUUUCCCUAUGAAUCUAUGCGUUAUAACUACAACACUACAAACGGUGUUGAAUGUAGCAGCUAAUUAGUGUGUAAACAGGCCCAAAAGACUACCCAAUACAGACAAAGUCUGUGGGGGAAGAAUGGGUCUUGGUAAAGCUUUUGUCUGACCCGAAUGUGGGUCUAGGGG